CACCCCAACCACCCUCCUACACCCCACCCGCCUUCCCUUCGCCAUGGCUGUCGCGCAGCUGCUGUUGGCCGUCGCUCUCCUGGUGGCUAAUGCGCCCUCCGGCCCGGCCUUCUACCUGCCCGGCCUGGCGCCCGUCAACUUCUGCGACGAACCGGACAAAUACGACUGCAAGCCUGUGAUAGAGCUAUUUGUGAAUAGACUAGACUCUGUGGAAUCAGUCCUUCCAUAUGAAUAUACUGCGUUUGAUUUUUGCGAAGCAUCUGAAGGCAAACGUCCAUCUGAAAAUCUUGGUCAGGUGUUGUUUGGAGAGCGGAUUGAGCCCUCACCAUAUAAGUUUACCUUUAACAAAAAAGAGACGUGCAAGCAUGUUUGUACAAAAGAAUAUGAUUUGAAAAACCCAGAUCACAAGCAAAAACUGGAUUUUCUGAAAAAGAGUAUGCUACUGAACUAUCAGCAUCAUUGGAUUGUGGAUAAUAUGCCAGUAACUUGGUGUUAUGAUGUGGAAGAUAACCAAAGGUUCUGCAAUCCUGGAUUUCCCAUUGGUUGUUACUUAACAGAAGAUGGACAUCCCAAAGAUGCCUGUGUUAUCAAUUCUGAGUUCCAUGAACACGACACCUUCUACAUAUUCAAUCAUGUGGACAUCAAAAUAGUCUACCACGUUGUAGAAAAUGAAGCUCCCAGCGCAAGACUAGUAGCUGCUAAACUUGAACCAAAAAGUUACAAGCACACUAAUCCUGACAGCCCAGACUGCACGGGACCUCCUAUGGAUUUAAGUAACAAGCUUGCUUCUGGAAAUGUCAAAAUUCCCUACACAUAUUCAGUUACUUUUGAGAAAAAUGAUGAAAUCAGGUGGGCCUCCAGGUGGGAUUACAUUUUAGAAUCCAUGCCUCACACACAUAUACAGUGGUUUAGCAUUAUGAAUUCUCUUGUGAUUGUCCUUUUCCUGUCUGGGAUGGUUGCUAUGAUCAUGCUAAGGACUUUGCAUAAAGACAUUGCAAGAUAUAAUCAGAUGGAUUCUACUGAAGAUGCUCAAGAAGAAUUUGGUUGGAAACUGGUUCAUGGUGACAUAUUUAGGCCCCCAAGAAAAGGAAUGCUACUCUCAGUGUUUCUGGGCUCUGGAACACAGAUUUUAAUUAUGACUUUUGUUACUCUAUUUUUUGCUUGCCUUGGUUUUUUGUCACCUGCAAAUCGGGGGGCAUUAAUGACCUGUGCUGUGGUCUUGUGGGUGCUGCUUGGAACCCCAGCAGGUUACGUUGCUGCCAGAUUCUACAAAUCAUUUGGGGGUGAAAAAUGGAAGACAAACGUUCUGCUGACAGCCUUCCUUUGCCCUGGCAUUGUGUUUGCCGAUUUCUUCAUCAUGAAUCUGAUUCUCUGGGGAGAACAUUCCUCUGCAGCCAUUCCAUUUGGUACUUUGGUUGCUGUUCUAGCCCUCUGGUUUUGCAUAUCUGUACCACUGACAUUCAUUGGGGCCUACUUUGGUUUCAAGAAGAAUGCCAUAGAACAUCCAGUUCGUACUAAUCAGAUUCCUCGUCAGAUUCCUGAACAGUCAUUUUACACACAGCCAUUACCUGGUAUCAUCAUGGGAGGCAUUCUGCCCUUCGGAUGCAUCUUCAUACAACUUUUCUUCAUUCUUAAUAGCAUAUGGUCUCAUCAGAUGUAUUACAUGUUUGGCUUCUUGUUUCUGGUGUUCAUUAUUCUGGUUAUCACGUGUUCUGAGGCUACUAUUCUACUUUGCUAUUUCCACUUGUGUGCAGAGGAUUAUCACUGGCAGUGGCGCUCAUUUCUCACCAGUGGCUUUACCGCUGUUUAUUUUCUAAUAUACGCUGUACACUACUUCUUUUCCAAACUUCAAAUUACGGGUACAGCAAGCACCAUUUUAUACUUUGGAUACACUAUGAUAAUGGUACUGAUCUUCUUCCUUUUCACAGGAACAAUUGGAUUCUUCGCAUGCUUCUGGUUUGUGACCAAAAUAUACAGCGUUGUAAAAGUGGAUUGAAGAAACUGUAAAAUAUCGGAGCCAUCAUCCUAAUAUAAUGAUACGCUCCUGAAGAAGAAUUUAAGCUUUAUCUGAAGUACUGACUUCUGUACCUUGUGAAUGAUAACUGAAUAUACAUUUUGCCCACCCAAAACAUUUGUAUUAUAACUUUGCAAUUUGUUUUCACUUGGGUGUUCUUACUGAAGGUUGAAGUUAAAUAUUGUAUGCGUUUGUAAAUGUUGCUUAUAGUAGAACUUCUAAAUUCUAAAUGACUGGCUAGAAGUGAGUACAUUACAGAAUUUUUAAUGAUACUUCUAAAUAAAUAACGGGUGUAAAUACAGUU